AUGUGUUCCGCGCUCGAGGCAUCCUCUGCGCCGCCGCCGCUGAGCCGUCCGGCGCGGGGCGGUGCAGCAGUGGUGACCGUGCCGAAGAGGCUUGUGAUGAAGACGGUAACCGCGGUGGCGAUGUCCAUGCCCCCACGGCAGCCGGGGAGGCGGACGGUGCUCAGAACGCCGCGUGCCCCCGUGCCGUUCGUCCCCGUCGCCAACGGGCGGAGCCUAUCGGUGGCACAGACCCUGUCUAGGGUCAGGGAGCAGAGGAAGACGGCGUUCAUCCCAUACAUCACCGCCGGCGACCCCGAUUUGGCGACCACGGCACAGGCACUCAAGCUCCUCGACGCUUGUGGCGCGGACGUCAUUGAGCUCGGCAUGCCCUCCUCGGACCCUUACGCCGACGGGCCGGUCAUCCAGGCUUCCGCAGCGAGGGCGCUGGCUGGCGGGGCGACAGUCGACGCCGUGUUGUCCAUGCUGAAGGAGGUGACUCCGGAGCUGUCCUGCCCGGUUGUGCUCUUCUCGUAUCUCGGGCCCAUUGUGCGGCGGGGUGCGACAAACUUCACCGCCUCAGUCAAAGAAGCCGGGGUGAAGGGUCUUGUAGUGCCUGAUCUUCCUUAUGCCGAGACAUGUGCAUUCAGGCAUGCAGCCAGAAACAACAACCUAGAGCUUGUCCUACUUAUAACACCGACGACACCAGCAGAGAGGACCAAGGAGAUCGCACAAGCUUCGCAAGGGUUUGUUUAUGUUGUAAGCGUCACUGGAGUUACAGGUCCACGAGAAAGUGUGGACCCGCGUGUCAAAGAUCGUCUCAAGAAAAUUAAGCAGGUCACCCACAAAGCAGUGGCAGUAGGCUUUGGCAUAUCAACACCAGAACAUGUUAGACAGAUUGCAGAGUGGGGUGCAGAUGCAGUGAUCAUUGGCAGUACAAUGGUGAAACAGUUGGGUGAAGCAACUUCUCCGAUCGAAGGGUUAAAGAGACUAGAAGAAUAUGCCAGAAGCCUAAAAGAUGCGCUGCCAUAG